AUAAGCGGAAACAAUGUGCGAUAAGUGAUGGGCACGCAGGAAGUUUAUCUUAGCAACACCCACACUAAAAGCACCGUCGUCCUAACUCUUCCUCCACUCCACCGCCUCUGCACUCCAUGCAUCCGAUUCCCUCUCUCUCACUCUGUUUUCGUCUUCCCGGUAAACAAACAGGAGCCAGAGACUAAAUUUAUAAAGAAGAGCUUAUAACAACGAGAUAUCUUCCAUCCUUGAUUCGUACACUUUUCUAUCACUGUCUCUUUCUCGGGAGCCCUCAGUCCCAAGCAUCUUCCACCAUUUUCUUCGUUAAUAAUCUUUCCAGAUUUUUGCUUUGGGGAUCGAAUUUUCUAAACCAUUCGCGGUGAAUUUUAUCCUGUUCGUUUUUUACGCGCAAUGAGGAUGUUUUAGCAAAGUUGCUUGGAAUUAGGGUUUCUCCUUCUUCUUCUAUUUUUUUUUUCCUUCUUCCUUUUUUUUUUUUCUCUUCAAUCUGGUUGAAUAUGAUGAUUCCAUGGAGUGGACUCAGUUGCUGUUUGAGUGCAGCUGCUCUUUAUGUUCUUGGAAGGAGCAGCGGGAGGGACGCAGAGAUUCUUAAGUCAGUUACCCGGGUGAAUCUGUUGAAGGAUUUGGGACCAUUAUUAGAUGCUGGGUGUAUAUUACCUUUGGUUGUCACAAUCUCUGGAAGAGUUAGUUCUGAAACCCCAAUCAGCUGUGAGUUCAGUGGUUUACGGGGAGUAAUUGUAGAGGAAACGGCAGAACAACAUUUUUUGAAGCACAAUGAUGCUGGCUCAUGGAUACAGGAUUCUGCUCUGAUGUUAUCUAUGAGUAAGGAGGUUCCGUGGUAUUUGGAUGAUGGAACUGGUCGUGUAUAUGUGCUGGGAGCUAGAAAUGCAUCAGGUUUUGCAUUACCAGUUGGAAGUGAGGUGUUUGAAGAGUCAGGAAGAUCCCUGGUACGUGGAACAUUAGACUAUCUCCAAGGCCUUAAGAUGCUUGGAGUCAAGCGAAUUGAACGAGUGCUUCCAACUGGUACUUCCUUGACUGUUGUUGGUGAGGCUGUCAAAGAUGAUGUUGGAACGGUUCGGAUUCAAAGACCCCAUAAAGGGCCAUUUUAUGUUUCUCCCAAGGCUAUUGAUCAGCUCAUAGCAAAUCUUGGGAAAUGGGCAAGGUGGUAUAAGUAUGCUUCUAUGGGUUUGACUGUUUUCGGUGUUUAUCUCAUCGCUAAGCAUUCUUUCCAUUAUAUCAUGGAGAGAAGGCGACGUUGGGAGUUGCAGAAAAGGGUUCUUGCUGCUGCUGCCAAGAGAUCUGGACAAGAUAAUGAAGGUUUAACUGAAAAGCCUGCCAAUGAAUCAGAUGGUGCUAUAAGAGACCGUCUAAUGCCGGAUAUAUGUGUCAUCUGUCUUGAGGAGGAGUACAAUGCCGUUUUUGUCCCGUGUGGUCAUAUGUGCUGUUGUACAACGUGCUCUUGGCACUUGACCAACUGUCCUCUUUGCCGGCGACGAAUCGAGCAAGUAGUGAAGACAUUCCGACAUUGAUGGUUGGCUUCAUCAAUUCGAGGAACCAUACUAGGUGAUCAGACCCAAAUGAUUUUUCCCAUUCGAGAAUCUGAAGGCCUCAAAUGUUCUUCAUUAUGACAAACAUGCCGAAGGAAAAAACUGCAAUCAGCCUCCCGAACAGCUUCUCCUUCAGCAAGUUUAAAGUAUACUUCUACAGCCAGACAACACUGUAAAUUAUAGAAUAAGUCAUUGAUGAGUGUCUUGUUGGGAUCUUCUUAAGCUGUAAAUGAUCUACAGCUAGACAACCCUGUAAAUUGAUGUGAUUCAUACAUAUUUGUUGCACCUACCACUUUCUUUUGCCAUGUUGCUUGAGUAAAUUGAAGCCGUGGCAAGAACUCAUUUUAUAACCUGUUGUGAUCACCUCGAAGUCAGUUGGAUAUUAUGAAUUGUUGAAUGUAUCUUUACCUCGCGAAAGAAA